AUGUUGUGGUCCGUCGUUUCCCGUCGUUUGCUCGACAGUGACAUCUCCAAGUCAGGAUUCCAGGACGAUGACGAAGAGGUUGAACACAGUCAUAUGCCAAGAAGCCACGCUUCCCGAUACGAAGAGGUUGAUGAGAUGAGUGAAAAGGAUGAAUCUUCGGUGAGUUUUUGGGUCUUCAAAAAAAAACAUUGUUAUCUUUUCCUUUUCAGAAGAAAAGGAGUACAUCUUCUCAUCGCCAGCAUUACGAUGAUUUCGAAGAGCAUGAAAACAAAGUGCCACGAAAAAAGUAA